UCUUCAUCAGGUGUCGCGGCGUACGGACGCACUACUCACAUUGCAUACUACGGUGUCAGCCAUUGCGGUCGUCGGCAGCUUGUGUUCCUGCGAAGCUGCUCCUUUCGAUAGCUUCAAAUUCGGUGCAAUUAUGGGAGUGCUAACAAGGGAAUCAACGACGUGUCGAAAGAGUAGGAUCAGUAGAAUGGUGUUGAGGUCGAACUCCUAGAAGGCGCGGAAUCGAUUUCGAGCUUUCGGGAGUUAAUCCAUGAGCGAGGUCCCGUAGUACAAGGAUAUACGACCAUAUAUUCCUAGAUUCGAAGAAGUCGUCUAGUCGCUUGGUCAAUGUGUUUGGUAACACAAAACUAUUAACUACAAAUAGCCGAAGAGUCUCAUCGCGUCCAUAAGCACAAGCAAGCCCGACAAGAAGAGAGGAGACGACCGUCUGGAAUUAUUAAAAAUUGACCAACAACUCUAACGUAUCCUCCGGAAAAGAAGAGAAGGGAACACCUGAGGAGGAACCUGUUGAGAAGUGGCGGGCACGAGAAUGGGGUCUUCCAGGCCGCAAGAUAUGUCUCUCAACGGAGGCAUAUCUCUGCCACAGUGGAUGAAGACCAAAAUGGAUACGAGGUUCGACUUCGACGAGAGCACCUUCAGCCCGCCAUCUUACGACGACAGUUUCGUGUACCUGCGGCAAACAAAACAACAUCAAACCGCUUCCUCGACCCAGCAAACAUUCAGGUCUGUUGACAAAGCGCUGAACGAGAACAACAGCAGCGUCUCGAUAACCAGUCAAGUGGCCCAACACCAGAAAACCGUCUCCGACAUCAAGGCGGCGAAGGAGAUCGACUUCAGCAAACAUCCUCUGCCCUGCCAGCCGUUUAUCCCGGACGCCAACAAGGGUUCGCAAUUUAUCGAGGUGAAGCCUCCUAAAGUUGUGGUAGCGGGCAAAGUCAAGGCGAAGUCUCAGGGAACGGAUGACGGUUUCCACGGUGAGCCGGCCUUAUGCGGCAAGUCGAUCGUCCACGUGGCAAAUCAGAUGAUGUCCGGUAAAAACAGCAAGCUGACCUCCUCGGAACACGCCGAGGAGAUUCCAAAGAAGGGCAGCAAGUCUUUGCCGGUGACACCGUUGACGUCGCCGAUGAGCACGCCGGACAGCUCCCCCAAGUCACGCAGGAAGGCCUACUCCAAUCGGUACUUCACCGGAGCUUUCAUCCCGGAUCGCGAGAAGUACCAGAGCGGCUGGAUUUUGGGCGGUCUUCUGGGCCAGUCCAGGGAGAUGGUAACAACAAAAAUCGACGAAGAGGAAGAGCCAAGCCCGGAGAUCGUCGCGCCGAAGAAGCUCAGCCGAAAGAAGUCCAUCUCCUCGCAGAGUCUGUUGUUCAUCGAGAAGGACGAGAAGGCCCCGGAGAAGGUGCCGGCCUUCACCAACGUUUUGCAGGUCAAGCCAUCGGAAUUGAGGGAGAUGAACUUCUGGUCCCCGACUUCCAUGUAAACCGGAGGGUCCUCCACGUCCCCCAGCCGAGAAUUAACUGUAUGGCGUGCCGUAAUCGCAAGAAUCUUGGGUCCAAAACGCCAGGACACCGAGGAAGGGGACCACUCUCCGUUGAUGUUUCCUAACCUACAUUUUUCGAGCUCGGGGGAUGCAGCUCUUCGACUCCUGGUUUAAAUCGCGAGAACGCGCAUCGUUCCGAAGUCGCCCGUUUAUUAUUUAACUUAUUCACUUUUACGUUGACCACUUGAUGGCGAUUGACGAGGAUUCUCAAGUUCGGUUUGGACUGGUCCGGAUGCGCCAUAUGCAUUUCCUCCGUUUCUUCGUCGUUUUAAUCCAUCACUGAUGUCUGUUGUGGGGACUUGUCGUGGAUUCAAGUACCGGCAACUUGGGGGAAACCAGAAAUCUAAAUCGACGCCGACUUUGGGACGAUGCCUCUCCAAUUACUCAAUCAAGCAAUACCGAAGAUUCGAAAUUUAGCAGCCACGAGGAAGUAGGGCACGCUGCGGGAAGCGAAAGAAGGAGGUCGAUUUUUAAAGAAACGUCAUAUCUUUUAUAUAGUAUUUCGAAACACAUUGUCCAACUUCUCAUUCAAGUGUCUCACUGCAUUGUCGUUGAUGACGCGUCGUUUAUUCAUUCAUGGAGAAGUCAUCGUGCGCACUCUUCAUCAUUUGCAACUUCGGUCGCACGCGAUGUCACCUUUGUCACGUGCGAUCUAGUCGAUAAUUCUACACUUUUGACAUUCAUUCGUUUAUUAUUACACGUACCAACUUCCUUCAGUUUGGUUAACAAGGGAUAGAAACUUAGAUCACUAAUAUUAUUUAUAACCGUUGUGAACCAUCUUUGGAGGCAAGGUCUAGACGACCGCUUCGCUCGUUUCACGCUGCUAGUGGCGGCGAGGGUCUUGAUUAUCAUACACCCUUUGUUUUGUACAAGUGUUGGUGGUAGGAGUGUUAAUUUAGCAGUCCCGAAGUAAAAUGCGUUAAAGGUGCGAAGAAAAACAAAACACUCAGCCGGCGGGAGGAACUACAGUCGAUAAAUAUGUCUGAAUUGCUCUUCUUUUUUUUUUUCUCUCUUUCUCUUGGAUCAAUUUAUCAUGGAAUUCCGUCGGCCGUAAUGUUGGGAAACACUUAAGUUAUUGAAAACGCUGAUACCUCGACUUGAUGAUAUUUCGAAUGUUAUAACAAUACGUUGACGCGCUCCCAGGCGUUGGGCAAGUUGUAAUGAAUCUAAGAGUCGAAGUGCAAAAUGGAAACUUGUACCUGGUUCAUUCGAGCGAUUUAGUGUACGUAAAGGUAGCCUCGGCUGACUCGAACGCGAUUUAGUCGUUAAUCUAAUUUAUCCGAUAUUUAAACUAGACACUAAGAUCUAUCGCGUGGAUUUCACGGAAUGGACGUAUCACGAUAUGUUUUACUAAUACCGUCGAUCCGAAUUCAUCAGCAUACCUCCAUUUUCACUCUCACGUAGCGCAUCUACACUCGAUUAGAAGAAUAAACCAUAUACCUGAUACAUUGAUAAAA